AUGUCGAGGAGAUACGAUUCAAGAACAACUAUAUUCUCCCCUGAGGGAAGAUUAUACCAAGUUGAGUAUGCACAAGAAGCCAUCUCAAUGGCAGGAACUGCAUUAGGAAUAGUAUCCAGCGAAGGAGUCGUAUUAGCAUGCGAAAAGAAAGUAACGUCGAAGUUGUUGGAUGACGAUGGAAGUGCAGAAAAGUUGUAUAUCAUAAACGACCAAUUGAUUUGUGCAGUUGCUGGUAUGACUUCUGAUGCCUCGAUUUUGGUCAACAAUGCCAGAGUCCAAUCGCAGCAGUACUUGAAAACUUACAGUGAAGAGAUCCCUUGUGAAAUUUUAAUCAAGAGGGUGGCAAAUAUUAAGCAAGGUUACACACAGCAUGGUGGGUUGAGACCUUUCGGUGUCAGUUUCCUAUACGCCGGUUGGGAUGACAGAUAUCAAUACCAAUUGUACACCUCCAAUCCUUCAGGAAACUUUAGUGGCUGGAAAGCCACUAGUAUCGGAGCUAAUAACGCUGCUGCGCAAACCUUAUUAAAGAAGGACUAUAAAGAUGAUUUAACUUUAAAGGAGGCAUGUGAGUUGGCCAUCAAAGUGUUGUCAAAGACAAUGGAUGCUUCGAACCUCAAUAGUGAAAAGCUAGAAUUUGCUACUUUAAGUUUGGGCAAGGAAGGUAAGGUCUUGCGUAAAAUCUGGAGUGAUAAAGACAUCGACGCUUUGAUCGAAGCAAGUGGGGUUUUGAACGACAAACCUAACGAUGAUGAUGAUUGA